UAAAGAGAUGUUAAUCUUGGAACUUCAAAUUCUGUUAUAUAAUGAAAGAAAGGCGAUUUGUGCGUGAUUUCUAAUUAUAACUGCAUUAUAUAUCAGUUUACAAGAGGACACCAUGGGCGUUGAAACAUUACAAGACUGGAACGAUCAACUAUCGCAAAAGUAUACAUUAAGCACGUGUAUUCUUUCUAUCUACUUGACCAUUGGUUUGAUAGGAAAUACGCUAGUGAUUAUAUUAUAUAAAACCAGAAUGAAUUCAAAAAAUGACGACAGAUAUUUUAUUCCGGCAAUAGCUAUCAUCGAUCUUGUUGGAUGUGUCUUUUCCACAACUCUGUCAUUGUUGAACAAUGAAAGGCCUGUGAUGUUUCCAGGUUCAAUUUCUUGCAAACUUAUACAGUUUGGAACGUGUUCAUCCAUUAUCGCAUCUCUUUUUAUGCUGUUAGUUAUAUCUGUCCAACGAUUUCAGAAAAUAUGCCGCCCAUUUGGUUUUCAAAUGAACUUGAAACACAAGAGGUUGGCUACAGCUGUGGCUGUCAUAUUGGCUUGUUGCUUUUCAAUUCCAAUGUUGCUGUUAUACCAGAAAAUUGAGGUAAGACAUGGGCCUAAAAAUAUAACAGGACAUAUCUGUGGAUCCGCCCCUGGAACUGAAAAAUUGGGUGAUAGUACUAGAGCUAUUCUAAUAACCGUCGAAGUAGGGGCUGUUUUCAGCAUGACAAUCUUCUAUAUUUUGGUUGGUCGUAAAUUAAUUGAACAGUUCAAAAUAUCACGAAAGUUACAUGACAUUAAUUCAAUAUCUGGAACAAGUAACAGCGGAAGUAACGAACGGACAACGAUUAGAACUGUUCCAUCAAUUGACGCAGAAUUGACAGAUAAUUUCAGCAAUGUCGAAAACGAUAAAAAGGAACUUUUUCAAGAAGAUUUACGAAAUGGUAAUCGAAGUAGCAUCCUACAUAGGGCCAGGUCCAAAGACAAAAAGAAACCAAUCAGUAAUGGCCGACGUUACUCCGUUAUGUUUAUGGUUAUAUCUUUAGUUGCUAUUGUUUGCUACAUUCCACCCUGGACGUUUGUCAUUCUGGAGGCAAAAGACGCAAAUUUUUGGAGAAGUUUGACCUUCGAAGAGAUUCAAGUUUUCCUGAUCAUUCGCAAUCUUUACAUCGUAAAUCAUAUCGCGAACCCUUUCAUUUACGGAUUUUUUGAUCCAAAGUUCAGACGGGAGGUGAAAAACUUGCUUUGUAGAUGUAAAAUUCGAUAGUGUAGAUGAUGGCUAAUUUUUUUCAUGAACUCUUAUCAUAAAGCAUUAUUUCAUGUAAAUAUACUUUAAAUGUCUAGCAAUGUUCCAAAUCAAGAAGUCAAUGAACUCGUUUUUAGUGUACAUAUAUAUUAUGUCUAUGCAUUAAUUAUUCUAGCAAGUUUGAAACAUUCAUUUAGUAUAAUCGUCUACAAUGAUCUAAGCUGAAAACUGUGGAUUAUUUGUCAGAUGUUUAUUCAACAAUUGGGAGACAUAAACUCCAUACGCAGGUGA